AUGCAUGUUGCAACUCUGAGAUUGGUCCUAUAUCUAAUGGUUUGCUGCGAUUUAUGGCUCGCCAGGAGCCAAAAGCUCCAACUUGAUUCAAUCGAUCAAUCGGAAUUAGUGCGCAAAGCCCGUCAAAUCAGGCAACAUCGUCAAGUUCGCCAAACGCGUCAACUUCGUCAGGAACAAGAUAAAGAAACGAAAUGCAAAUUCAAAUUUGCCCUGCUAGAUUUUCCUCCUUACAUUAUGAACCAAAGUAUUAACCAAGGAUUUAUGUAUCAAACCCUUACAUGGUUUGUGGACAUGGUUUGCUUUGGUAGAGAAGCAACAGACCCCAUAGCUUGCAAAAUGGUACCAGUAUUUGUUCAAAAUCAAGACGAGAUGGUGAAAUUGAUUAAAAAUGGGUCGGUUGAUUUUGGUUUUCCAAUUCUGUCGGAUGCAAAACAAAAACUUACGGGUCUAGAUAGUGUGACACUCACACGGACAUUUGUAUCAUCCGGGUGUUCAAUGAUUGUGAACUUAAAGCAGUGCAAAGCAGAGUCACGGGAACAGUUAUUUACUUCCAUUACGUCACAAUGGCCAAUAUUGGCUUAUAUCAUAUUGCUGUCAGGGAUAUCUGGAGUGAUCAUUUGGCUCUUGGUAAGAGUUAAGGCUUAUCAUCGUCAAUCUAUACUCAGCUUCUGAAGCUCUUCAGUUUUAAUUCUACGUAAGGUUAGAUUCAAACUUAAUUGUUACGGCUUUAGCAUGAAAAUAGUUCAAGUAGGAAUCGACAGCACUAUUUUUGAGUAAACGGUUAGUUAGGCACACCUUAUCACUUCACCGAAAUAGAAAGCCAAACUAAAAAAAAGAACCUCACAGUAAAUAAAAAGAAAACUGUAAUACCCCACAAGUCAUGAAUCUACAAAUAAGGUUUGUUUGUUUGUAGGUGAAAAAAGACCGUUGCAAUGACGCAAACUAUCAAAUAAGGACAUUUUAUUCCAAGAUGCCACAAUUUCGGAUAGAGUAAUACUGCUGCAAACUUUGCGCGUUGUAAGCCUUAAGUAAGCUUGAAGUGUACUGAUUUUCAUGACAGGAACACCGUUCAAACGCGUCUCAGUUUUCACCCUUGUUCACGAAAGGAUCACCAGAAGGCUUUUGGUGGGCAGUGGAAUCACUUACAACAGUAGGGUAAGUUGAUUUAGAUUUACACACCGGAAGUAUGACGGUUCGACAUCAACUGUGACGAGUCGUUCGAUUCGAGUCGAUUCGACAACAUCUCCAACCCACCUUCGUAGUUACUCGCGGAAUAUUCUCUAAGUGUCUUGCAAAUCGACUUCCGGUAUGACGGGUCGACAUCAGCUGCGACGAGUCGUACGAUUUGACAAAAUCUGCAACCCCCUUUCGGAAUAUUUUCUAAGUGUCUUGCAAAUCGACUUCUGGUGUGACGGGUCGACUUUAACUUAGACGAGUCGUUCAAUUCGACAACAUUUUCAACAACCCUUGACAGUUACUUGUGAAAUAUUUCCUAAGUGAUUUGCAAAUCGACUUCCAGUUUCCAUCUAAUGAGAGACGGUUUAUCAGAUUUCCGAUAUAACGAGACGCAUUAACCGGUAGAACGAUUCGCAAACUGCCUUUGACGAAUCGUAGCGGUUUGGGUGUAUUGGACAACCCUAUUAGUAUACUUGCUAGACUAUCCUCAAAGCGCAAAGAUAUUUGGUUCCUUUUUCUCAUUAGGUACGGGCAGGGCAUUUAUUAUGCUACAGGAGGGAGGCAGUGUGGACUAGUGGCUGGAGUGCUGCAUUUGUAAUCUGGAGGUCCCAGGUCUAGGCCCUCCACCCUCCGCUACUCACUCCUCGGCUGCGCUUUGUAUAUAGCAAAUGUUCAGCUUCCUUCCAGUUGGGAAUUUCAUUCAUUCUCUCAUUUAUAAAUUCAAUCAUGUCUACUGAUCCUGAAAAGCCUUAUCGGGGAAGUGGUCAAUUAGGUAUAGAUUGAGAAUUUAUAUACUUACUACACUAUCCUCAAAGCGCGAAGAUAUUUGGUUCCUUUUUCUCAUUAGGUACGGUGAUAAGACGCCUAAAACCUUCUGUGGACGUUCAUUUGGUAUAAUAUGGAUCUUGAUAGGAGCUAUAACGUUGUCGCUGUUCACCGCUUUAUUUAUAAAUGUUAUCCAAGCUUCCCAGGAUGGUACGAGAUGUAGGGACAUCGGUGGCAAAAAGGUUAGUAACCCUAACAUGAAUACCUAAAACCCUUUGCACCCUAACAUCAUUAUGCCUCUUCUCUAUGGUUUCCUCUAUACAUUUCUUAAGGUGCUGGAAAAAAGAUUUUUUUUUAACAAUCAAGAGUUUCUUUAGUUGGUGAUCAUUUCUUUUAUUCUCGUGACCCUAAUGUUUGAUUCAGGUGUGAUAUUGUAAGGAAAUAUUAGUUGACUAUUUUCUUGGUUUCAAAUUAGAUUCCCUACAUUUUUCAAUUUAUCCUAAACGAAGCGUCGAAAGGCCUUUCCCUGGAAAAGUUAUUUUACCAAUAAAUGGAUCCUACCCUCAUCGAUCGAACUCAGGAACAGCUAAAAUGCAACUCGGCCCUGUGACUCAAACCUUUGAGUCACAGGACCGAGUUGUUAAAAGCAGGGUUCAUAUAACUCAGCAGUAAUGUGAAAUCUUAUUUAAGAUCUGAAAGCUGUAAAGAAAGGUUGUUACGAUUUGUCCACACUUAUUAAAUGCUCUUAGGAAAAAAAAUGGAGAAAAUUAUUCGAAAGAGGUUGCUGAACAAAGGUGUAAAGAAACCCGCAUGAAAUUAACCCCGGAUUAGCGCUACUCAGACUUCGAACAGCUAAGCUAGGAAUUAUGAGCUACCUGAGUCCGAGUUAGCAAGUUGUAUGGAAGAAUGAAAUUAGCAUUAAACAAUUUUAAUUGAUUGUCGAAGUGGAAAAUUGCUCUGGUUUUGUACAACUUCGGAUAUUGUUGGCCCUUUUAACAACAAUGCCUUCCCUGUUCCUAUUAUUUAGGGUGGGUCUUUCCGGAACUACAACUUAAGUGUACUUUCGUUGUACAGGUUUUUUUUCAUAUUCUUUGCAAGAGGAAAGUACUUAUCAUCUGGCAAUAAGCCUUUAUAGAUUGUGCUAGUAAAAGUAGCAUAUUAUGCUAGUGGUAUUACUCGAUCAUUUUUCAAAUGAUGCUCAAAAUUAAACUCGUUUUUGAAAAUUAUGCUACUUUUUAUUUAAGUGCGCUUUACAAAAAAAGAAAAAAGAAACAAACGAAGUCUAAAGUAUAUAUUUGUUGUCAAAUUAACAUGAAAUCUUCUUCAUUUUGAGAUACAUACUUGCUCUGACAAAACAUAAUUAACUAUUGGAUUCCAGACGAGAAGCAGUGACUUGACGAGUCAAAAUGUAAGUUUCUCUUCGGCGCUAUUUUGUUGCCUGUGAAAGCGGGAACUAUAAACGAUGUAAUCUUUACUACGGGUAUGCCCACUCCUUUAGACAACAAACGAUUCUAUACUGCGGUAACCCUCUUCUUACAAGACAUUGAAAACCUGACAAUAGACAUGAACCAUAGACCGAAAAUCAUUCUUGCGCAAUCUACAAGGGCCCAACUGGCACAUAAAAAUUUGUCUGACGCUAAUUUACUUGUUAGGUGGGUGUGUCCAACAAGAAUCCUGAAACGCAUAUAGUCGCUAUGGAGCUGGACGCAGACUUUGUCAGUAAGUAAUUCUUUUCAGGCUAUUUCAAUGUUCUUGUAUAACGCGUUGCAUGACCAUUGUUCUUCAGGAACGACUACGAAGGUAAAAAAAUAAGCUUAAAAAUUACCUUUUAAUUGCAGUUAUAUUUCAUAUACUUUUGUAUCAAAACUCUAAAGAGAAAUUUGUCCGCCGCUUUUUCUCAUUUUAUUAAUGUAAGAAUUUGCGUUGGCGACCAAAUCAAAUAAAUUUUUAAUUAACAGAGUUCAACAACCUGGAUGAGAUGCAAGAAAGUCUUAGCCAAGGAAUAAUUGGAAGAGUAAUGGUGGAUCGCAACACUGCAUUUCACUUUUUGGAUAAAUCUGGUUUAAAACGAAACAGACAGAUCCGAAUGAUUCGUAACAUCGAUUAUCCAAUGGAAUAUUACCUGGCUCACGUGAGCCAUGACGUAAUGGCGUCACCGAAUGAUACGAACGAUUCUGAUGACGAAGUAUUGGCUAGAAAAACUCAGCUUUCGGUUUGCGGGGAAAGCCUGAAAGAGUUAUCAGCGGAUGUGAUGGCAGUUGCAAAAGACACUGCCAAAGAGCAACUUAUCCCUGCCGAAUUAAAGGUAGUUAAUUGUUUUUUUUUGUGAAUUUUCUAUAUUUCACCACGCGCCAUUCUUCUCUUCAUGCUUAGCAUUUAUUCUGAUGCAAUCAAGAGUUUGAAAAUUAUUUUUUCUUUGUAGACAGCAGAUUUGUCCGAUGAAAUGGAAGGGUUAUUCUCCACCGGCUCACAAAUGACCAAAUUUAUAUUAUUGGCCUUAUUGGGAAUACUUACCUUCCUAAUGAUCAUCGGCAAACUUUGGGAAGUCUACACCAACUGUAAGCCAACGGUACGCAAGAAGAGAAAAGGUAACUACUUCUUAAAUUAA